AUGUCUAACGUCUGUUUGCGUGGUUUGGUGGCGCGUGGGUUCACACAGGACGUUAAAACAACUGCUGAAAGCUUCAAGACCUGGGACACAUGCAUGGACAACAAAACAUGCAAGAUCGUGGCUAUCGUAGGUAUAGUAUUGGCAUGUAUCGUAGCGAUAUGGAUCGUGGGCUCGCUAUUACGAUGCUUCAAGCAGGGGGCGUCUGGAUGCUGUGAGUUUUGUUUCUGGUGCUGUGGGUCUCGAAGAUCAGCAGGUCCAACGGCCCCGCCUCCUCAGUAUAUGCCACCGCAGAACAAUCCUCCAAUGGUCAUCUACCAGCCAAUUGCAGAGCCACAAGGCUCACACAAUUACUACAACGAGCGCUCCAAUGAUAGCGUUAAGGAGGUCGAACAAGACUUUGACUUGGAAGCUCAACGACAGCGGGCCAGAGGUGCAGAAUCGCGACCACUGGUAUCAGACGAAGAACACGAAAUGUCGGUGUAUCACCCCCGUACCCAAGCCGCGGCGCAAGCGCCGUACCCAAACGAAAAUACUGGGAACCUCUACUACCAAUCGCCGCAGUACAGGCACGGAAACUAUUAG